AUGGGGCGCGAAGCGUCCUCGGAGCCCGGGCGACCGCCGGCUUACGGCCGCCAAGGGCCCUGUAGGUGGAGGUCAAAGGGUCAGCGGGCCGAGACCGCAAGAGAAUUGACCCUAGGAAAUGAGGUCCCCUCCCCCCCCCCCCCGCCCCAGCUUCGACCGGGCCUGCAAGAACUUGGUGUGUGCAGAGGGACCCCGGGCGCCCCCACGAGGGGUCUGAGGACCCCGAGCGGGAGCCCUGACUUCCGCGACGCCUCGUCCCGGGGCCGAGCCCGACUCGACUUGGGUCUCGAGGGGGAAGACCGCCCGAAAGAAAAGCUGCCUGGCUGCGGGGCUGAGAUCCCGCGCUUCAGGGGAUGGGCAGACCGGAGGCGACUCUUUCAGAAACUUAAGGGCCAAGGCCCUUAG